AUGACCGCAACGCAAACUGCAAUUCAGCAUGCGGUGAUAGCAAGGAGUGUACGACAAGUCAAAACCGACCAAAUCUAUAAGAAACAUACCGUGGAUGAUGAAACCCUUUUGGCUCUUAGCUAUGCAGACAAGUCGAUCGUUUGUCGUCGCAACGAACUGAACCGGCAUGAGUCAAGUCGGGAACAUCGAGUGACGGUUAUGACCACCUUUUUUCUUUUGGCGCUUCUCGCUUUCUAUCAGAGAGACAUCCUCGCAACUCUCUGUCAUAUGGCCGCUGGGUAUAAAAUGCUCCAAGACUGGGCAGCUGUCGAUAAGGAGAAUAGCCCCAACAGGAUAGCUUUGAAAAAUGCGUUCUCUCAAUUUCGUAUCGCUGCUGCAAUAUUCUUGAUCUCAGAAACCUUCCCUAUUGGCGAGCGUUUAGUUUGCUUUGAGCCUUCAGGAACCAUCAGUGAUGAUACUAUCGUGCUUCACGAGGUGGAAAUCAAUACUCAAAUCAUGAUGAUAAUUGGCUCGCUGUUCGUGGAGAUGAAUCCCGCAAGGGGGUUCAAAGUACCAGCAGUGACCCCCAAUUUUCGCCACAAUGGGGCGGGAGCGUGGGCUCAGAUGCGAUUAGGCAGAGCGAACAACGAGACGAGGUAA